GAGGUACUAGUGAGUCAUUUCAGCUCUGAACGCAAUGGUGAGUAGUGCACCAUGAAGACACUCGCCGUAAAGGAUUAGCCUAUUUUGUGCAUCGAGUAAUAGAUAGGUCAAUCUGAGAUACUGUUAAGGGAUUGGGGGUUUGUUGACACCCUGGGCCAGGGCAUCCCAGAGAACCAGGCCCAGCAGAUGGAUGGAGAGAAUGUUGCAUAACUGGUGGGAGGGCUGCUCAGUAGGGCUAGGACUGGAAGGUUCCCAGUAUAUGGAGAAUCUUCAUUACCAUCCAAGUCAAUAUUGUAUUAGCGACAUAGUUCAUCAUCUUUCGAUGCAGUCUUAUCAUUAAAACUGAGUAACUGAUUUGGUUUUGGGUGCCACGAUUACACCAUUCAUCCAAUUGAUUCAUUCACAUCUCUGUGCAAUGUGGUAUCCCUUAUUAUGUCUCUGCAUUUAGUUUUAAUGAUUUUUAAGGCUGUGGAUGAACAACAAUUGAAGACCACUUUGGAAAACAUGCUAAAAUACAAUCAAUACUAAAUGCAUUCAAGUUAUUGCUGUCUUUGUGUUCCAACUCCCUCCAUCCAUCUUCCCUCACCCCCUCUCUUCUGCUCCCCACUCCUUCACGAGUGUCCCCCACCCCCUGACCCCCACCUCAGGCCACAGCAGCGAUGACAGCAGGUCAGGGAUGGGAGGCGAGACACUCCUAAUCUGCAGAGGUGAAUAUAAGAGGUCCCGUCAGCCCCACCUGGCAUUCAUAGCAAACCUAGCAUAGACCCACACACACAUCUACUAGAGAGAGCUGUGCUCAGAGCUCACGUCCACUCGUCUGGCUAGCCUUCACCCAAGAACCCGUUGAGGAGAUUUCAUCAAGACGACAACACUUCAGAGAGGGAUUGAACACAUAACCACCUGCACAAAAAAAACAGCUAACUACUAACCAUGAAUCUCGAGGUCCCCAAGUUGGAGAUCAAGUCUGCCACCCGUGUCACCGGGGGCCCUGCCACGCCACGCAAGGGACCCCCUAAAUUCAAGCAGAGACAGACUCGUCAGUUCAAGAGCAAGCCCCCCAAGAAGGGAAUCCAGGGCUUUGGUGAUGAUAUCCCUGGAAUGGAGGGUUUAGGCACUGACAUCACAGUCAUCUGCCCCUGGGAGGCCUUCAACCACCUGGAGCUUAGCGAGCUGGCCAAGUAUGGUAUCAUCUAAAUCUUUCAGACCUCCACCAUCCAUCCCACGAUCCUCUACUUCCACCUCCAUCUACUUACAACCAGAGAUUGUGGAUACAUGAAGAUAGUUCACUCAAGCAGUUUACUAUUGUAAAAAAUAUUCAAUGUUCCCGUCUGUGGAAGUGGGUGUUCCCUCUCUUUCGUGAGCAUGCUUUCCCGCGUGAGCUCACAGUUCCUCCAUAAUUACUGGAAUGCACACACAAGAAAGGAAACAGCUGGCUCUGGUCUAGUUAUUGUCCCUGAGCUAGAGAGAUGUCUCUCUCUGGGGCACCCCCUCCGCAGGGUGGGGGCAAUAACUAGACCAGAGUGUCCCCACCCCAAUCAGCAAAAAAAGGUGGGAUGUGUCGCUUUCUCUACCGUCUCUGUUCAAACCAUCCAUCUGCCCCCAGCCCUCUCACUGUGUUUGACUGGAACUAUCAAAACAUAUACCAAAGUGAAGAACUCCCCCCCCCCACAAAAAAAGGAAAGCGGUACAGAAAAUAACCGUCUCCAUCUUUAACUGGUUUCUUCUUUUGUUUCUGCAGCUGCCAAAGUUCACAUACAACAUGUCUGCUCAUGAUUAGGACUCUGUUCUGGUACCUCUGUCUAUCUUUAUCAGGUUUGCAGCGAUAUUCUAUCUAACAUUAACCAGCAGCCAUUUUCCUUUUCUCUCCUCCCCUAUCUCCAAGCGCUUCUCUUCUGCUAUCCUCUUUUUUGCUCCUCUUCUUCAUGGAACACAACAAACAAUUUAUGAAAAGCAAUGCAGCCUCAAAAGUUGAGUACACAAACAAGUGACAUACCCGUGAAAUAGGUGGGUUCUCAUUUCACGUUCCUCGGCACCUCUUUUAUCAUCAUAGAUGAAAUCUGUCAUCGAUGCCGAAUAUCACACAUAUAAUAUCUGAUUCCUGUAGAGAUGAGACGGUUGCUUGUCAUGAAUGAGCAUAAUCUGUAGUCUGUCACUGGUACAAUGUGGAUGAAACAACAUCAUCCUCCUCCCUCAGGAUCACCAAUCCUUCACUGGUACACACACCUUUUAACAGAACAAGGAUUCUAUCAUUCUAUCGUCCCGUUUAACUCUGGCAUCCUUAUUUUCCACAUUUUGUAUAACAAAGAAGAAUUUGUGACUAUCUUUAUUAUGUAACGUAUAUUUUAACUAUUUAUUCUCAGGGAUAUAAACUUGUUUUAUAGCUUGGGGAAAAAACACAUUGUCCUUGGCAGUUUUGGCUCUUGCUGCCUUCACUUUUACCACAAGCAGCAUGAUAGACAUUGAAUGGAGAUUAAUGAGUGUGCAACAUUACUACAACAGAUGCAGAUUCCCCCAUAAACCUCAGAUGUCAAACUUGAUUUCAGAUGUGAUUCUCACCUGAUAAUCUACCAUAGUAGGUCACUGUGAUUGGGCAGUAGUAGUGAUGUCUUGUGUAAUCUUGUUUAGGUUACCUUCCCCAAUGCUCAUGUUGACAUCUCUUUGUCACUUUAUUUAUUUGGGCAUGUCAUCUCUAUUUCAUGAAUUUUCUCUAUAAUUCAUUCAUUCCAUCCAUAAUUUCAUCUCAUUCCACAAUUGUCAUGCUUACCAUCAUUUUGUUUGCUUGUGUUUCACUGUAGUCUCAUAUUUGUAUCGUAUUUCUUGAGAUCAAUGUACACUUAUGUAUACAUUGUGGCCAGUCAUUUUAAUAGCCUAUAUAAUGUAUAGAUGUAUUUAUUUUAUUUUUGCAUGUUCUCUGUCUUUUACUUUGUCCAUCGCAUGUUGGCAUUGUGUCUUGUGUAUAUUGUGGGUGUUGCACACUUAUUUUAUCAUUAUGUCAUCUUUUCAUUAUGUCCGCUUUAUUCUGCACUUGUCCAUUUGUAGUUUGUGUUGUGUAAUCAUGUAAAGACCAUCUUUCCUCAUCAUUAUCUCUCUAUCAUCUCAUCCAUCAUCAUAGUGUUCUCACCAUACAGCCUAGUGUUUCAUCAUCAUUAUCUCUCUAUCAUCUCAUCCAUCAUCGUAGUGUUCUCACCAUACAGCCUAGUGUUUCAUCAUCAUUAUCUCUCUAUCAUCUCAUCCAUCAUCGUAGUGUUCUCACCAUACAGCCUAGUGUUUCAUCAUCAUUAUCUCUCUAUCAUCUCAUCCAUCAUCGUAGUGUUCUCACCAUACAGCCUAGUGUUUCAUCAUCAUUAUCUCUCUAUCAUCUCAUCCAUCAUCGUAGUGUUCUCACCAUACAGCCUAGUGUUUCAUCAUCAUUGUAGUUGAUCAUUUCACUUAAUCUCUAGAUAGAACAUUGACCUCCACAUUCCUUGGACCAGUCUGCACUGAUACUGGCCUAAAGAGUGUACAUUCUUAGUUCUAUGCUAAAUUUUGUCACUGAUUUGCAAUAUGUUGUACCGGCUGAAGAAUAACCUUUUAAAAUGCCCUUAACUUAUUUUAUCUUACCAUUUUUCAUUCUUCUCCUUUUCUGGUAAAUGAGUUGAAGGCUAUGGAUAGCCUACAACAGCUAGUUUGUGUUGGAAUCCUCACCCUGACAGUGAAAAGUUACUUGAGGGGUUUGUAGUCUUGCAGGAUGGAUGUCCACGUUGUCUCAGUUUCUUGUGAAUGUAAAAUUAGUAGCAGUGAAUGAAUGGUAAGAAAUAAGGGAUGAGGAAGAUGGAUGCUUCAGCUGCCAACAUAGGCUAAUCAUGUCAUCAGAGAUCUGUCCUUGUACAGGAUCAAAUAAAAAAAGCUAAAAACAAAAGAAAAAUAAAUAUUUUGCCUGGUUUAUUUUUUAAGGUCUAUAAAAAUAUAGCAUAUAUAUGAUAUUACAAUAUCUCCAAAAAAGAGGAUACAUUCCUAGCUGGCAUAGCAGUAUCAAUAAAAAAAAAAGUGUAUUGGCAUUUCCCUCCACUGGCACAGGUUUAGAGCAGUUCAUGACACACGUCCACAUAGAAUUGGUUUUCCAGACUACUGUUCCAGAAAAUACAGUGU